CUCAGAAUUGAAGAGGGACAUCGAUCAUCAGGUGUGACCGUGUGGGAGGACAGGUCGCAGACUACCGAAAGCCACGUUGCGAGCAUUCCCAUCACUCACUGACCUUGAGCGCCAAGUAUUUUUAGCAAAAGGUCCGAUGCUAGCCCCAGAGACAACAUGAGAAAGAAACAGUAGAGAAAGAAAGAGAAAGACAAGAGCAUUGAUGCAGAUGCACUCACUCAAGAGCCUCCCCACACCGCAUCAAUAUAUCGUCAUGAUUUUGGUAAUCAGGGUGCACAAAAAGUCCGAUGUGCCUCGACACCUGUCGAAAACCUGCCAGUGGUCAGGUUGCCCUAGAUUGCCAAGCUCCUUGCCAGGGUCUACGUAGUCCGCGCAUAUCGAUCGAUCAAUGAGCGUGCCAGCAAGUGCCAGCUGCCCCGACAUCCUUCCCACGGUUACACGUUAAAUGCAAAGCCCACCUGUUGCCAACUCAAGAAUACUACACGCCGAUCAUGCUUUUCAAGUCACUUUUCGUCCUCGCAACAGCAGCUCUGACUGCCUACGCUCAAUCAGCGACCACGACGUCUGACGCCGCGGCUGCAACUCCAAGUGGAGUUACUCCGUGCAUCCUUGCAUGCUCGACCCAAGCCGCUUCCGCAGGAAACUGCUCCAGCAUCUCUGACCUUACAUGUGUUUGCACCUCCACUGCAUUCCAGGACGCUGCCGGCGCGUGUCUGCAGGCUAACUGCACUACUGCCGAGGUCGCUCAGGCCCAAGCACUUCAACAAUCUGAGUGCGCGUCAAUUUCGGGGAACUCUACGACCACGAGCGGGACAUCGAGCUCAACUAGCACAUCUCCUGCUACAACUGCUUCGGCUGCCAAAACUUCAGCAGCAACCUCAUCUGGUGCUGCCACCGGUCUCGCACCUUCACUUGCUCUCAACAGUGCAUUUGGUGGGCUCGUUGCCCUUGCUGGUACCCUUAUUGGAGCGGCGUUCGUCAUGUAAUCCGGUCAGCGUAGAUGGCAAUAUGUAUAUUCACAUCGUCACCGCGGGUUAACCUUACUUUGAUAUCUUCUGUUAUUUUAUUCGAGUUACAAACACUUUGCUUGGAUGUUUUAGAAUCUUAGGUCGGCGUUAGACAUCAGCCAGGUUCAGUUACUACGUACAUACCUAUUGUUGGGCGCCACUCUCCCCUUCAGGGCUCGAGGUAACCAGGUGUCACCAUUCAAAUACAUACAUCAUAAUUAGUUUUUGCACCCCUUGGUAGCAUCCUCAAUUUGACUAUUCGGUAAAUAUCGUGGGUUGCUGAGUAGGGGUGAUUUCCAGGAGUGGUGCUCAGAGUCACAAAGAAGAGUCCAAGUUCCGCUUGCGUAGGCACAGCUGCACCCUAAAUGUCGAUUGCCUUGCGGUUUAGGCCAUGCAGUGUUUGAUUGUGAUAAAAAAUAUGGGCGACGUGAGUACGUAGGUGGUGGCAGAGAUUAAAGCAUGGUGGUUCGAUUGA